AAAUGAAAACCCUCCCGCUUCCGCUCUUGGACUCAGAGACGCGGAAGGUCUUCUUUCAGCUCCAGUCCACCAUUUCCAAAUGGCGGUUCUGAGAAAUCGAGGCGGAGGAAACUCCGGAGAGAACGGCGGAGCAACCGUAGAGACUGAAAGCGCAGGUGCUUCAGGGUACGAGCAGUUCAGGGACCAAAGGAUCAGAGAGAACAAGGAGAGAUUGCAAAAGCUGGGCAUUUUGGACCUUGCCCUGAAGCUCAAGACCGAAGCUGCCGCCCCAAAACGUCCCCACCGGCCUAAAACCCACAGCCCACUUCCUGGUUCCGGAUCCCCCAGGCGCUCUUCUAGGUUGAAGAGCGUGGCUCCAGUAGAUUAUGUGCAAAAGAAGAGGCCUAUGAAGAAAGACGAGAACCCAAAGAGCCCAAAGAGGAGUGUUGAAAUUUUUAUAAAGGAAGGUUCAAGGCCAGAGAUCUAUACAGAGGAGCAUGAGAAGCUGUUAGGGGAUUGCGUUGAAAGCUGGGAGUUGGGUGUUGAUGGCUAUGGGGAAGAUGGGAGGCGCAUUUAUGAUCCGGUUAAGGGAGAAUUUUGCCACCAAUGCAGGCAUAAAACUCUUGGUCAUCAUACACAGUGCUGGAAAUGUGACUGGGUCCAAGGGCAGUUUUGUGGAGAUUGCUUAUACAUGAGAUAUGGAGAGAAUGUUAUGGAAGCCAGCGAAAAUCCUGAUUGGACAUGUCCUGUUUGUCGGGGCAUCUGUAACUGCAAUUGCUGCCGUCAAGUGAAGGGGUGGGAACCCACUGGUAAUGUGUAUAGAAAGGUCGUAAAAUUGGGUUACAAAUCUGUGGCACAUUAUCUCAUUCAAAGCCGCCAUCCCUCAACAAACACAGAAACCACAGGUGAAGAGGUUCUUGCAGAGGGAUCAACUCCUUCAGCAGAGAGCUUUUCACAUGAUGAAUCUUCAGGAAUUGGCAGUGGCUCUGAUACUAGCAAGCAUGUUGGUGACAACGAUGUGGGUAAUGCAGAUGCUGUUGCUGCUGAUGUUGCUGUUAACAGUGAGGCAAAGAAAAAGCUGAGAAGGAGUACAAGGCUGAGUGGGAAUUAAACUUUUGUGGAUUAUGGCCUGCUCAUACUGCAGACUAGUCCCUGAUCAAGUUGUGAAAGGCUGGGAGACACCAAACGCUUAUUUUUGCGCACAUAAAAUUCCUCUUUUGUGGCGACUAAUCUAGUGCAGCUAUAAUUUUAUUUUAUUUAUUUUAUUUUUUUAUUUUUUGUGUGUGUGUGUGUAGUUUCUGCUCACAAGGUCAAAAGUACAUGUAUCGCUGGUCUUGAUUUUGUUAGCAUAUACGAAUUUACACCACCCUGCGGUGAAGCAGUGUGAUUCGUUGCAA